AUGGCCUCCCUGCCCACUCGGGGCCCCGGGGUUUCGGGCUUACUUUCCGGGCUGGUGGCGACGGCCGCGUCUCCGGCCAGCCAGAGCGCAGAGGCCUUGACGGAUAACGGGUCUGCGGCCGGCCCGGGCGCCCAGGCCCUCACGCCCUUCCAGAGCCUGCAGCUGGUGCAUCGGCUGAAGGGGCUGAUCGUGCUGCUCUACAGCGUCGUGGUGGUCGUGGGGCUGGUGGGCAACUGCCUGCUGGUGCUGGUGAUCGCGCGCGUGCGCCGGCUGCACAACGUGACCAACUUCCUCAUCGGCAACCUGGCCUUGUCCGACGUGCUCAUGUGCGCCGCCUGCGUGCCGCUCACGCUGGCCUACGCCUUCGAGCCCCGCGGCUGGGUGUUCGGCGGCGGCCUGUGCCACCUGGUCUUCUUCCUGCAGCCCGUCACCGUCUACGUGUCGGUGUUCACGCUCGCCACCAUCGCCGUGGACCGCUACGUCGUGCUGGUGCACCCGCUGCGCCGGCGCGUCUCGCUGCGCCUCAGCGCCUACGCGGUGCCGGCCAUCUGGGCGCUGUCCGCGGUGCUGGCGCUGCCCGCCGCCCUGCACACCUACCACGUCCAGCUCGAGCCGCACGACGUGCGCCUCUGCGAGGAGUUCUGGGGUUCCCAAGAGCGCCAGCGCCAGCUCUACGCCUGGGGGCUGCUGCUCGUCACCUACCUGCUCCCUCUGCUGGUCAUCCUCCUGUCUUACGUCCGGGUGUCCGUGAAGCUCCGGAACCGCGUGGUGCCCGGCUGCGUGACCCAGAGCCAGGCCGACUGGGACCGCGCGCGCCGCCGCCGGACCUUCUGCUUGCUGGUGGUGGUCGUGGUGGUGUUCGCCAUCUGCUGGCUGCCGCUGCACGUCUUCAACCUGCUGCGGGACCUCGACCCACAAGCCAUCGACCCCGAUGCCUUCGGGCUGGUGCAGCUGCUCUGCCACUGGCUCGCCAUGAGCUCGGCCUGCUACAACCCCUUCAUCUACGCCUGGCUGCACGACAGCUUCCGCGAGGAGCUGCGCAAGCUGUUGCCCGCCUGGCCGCGCAAGAUCGUGCCGCACGGCCAGAGCAUGACGGUCAGCGUGGUCAUCUGA